AUGUCCCAACAAGACGUAGAAAAGCUACGAGAAGAAUCUAUUGACGAACAUGUUCAAGAAACUCUUGAUAAAAUAAAAGAUGAGGACGACGAAGAAAAAUUAUUUGAAGAAUUAGAAAACGAUGACGACUUUGAGAUUGCAAACCUUCGCGAACGAAGGAUGGAACAAAUGAAACAAGAAAUAACAAAAUUACAAGAAAUGCGUCAAAACGAGCAUGGUUCAUACACUGAAAUUUCGGAAGAAAAAGAGAUUCUUAAAAUAACUACCACUACAAAGCUAUGUGUUGUACAUUUCUUUCAUAAAGAAUUUCGAAGAUGCCAGAUUAUGGAUAAACAUCUUACGACGAUCUCAGCUCAUCAUUUUAAAACAAGAUUUGUAAAAAUAAAUGUCGAAAAUGCACCUUUUUUGGUUGAAAAACUCGCAAUAAAAGUUUUGCCUUGUGUUAUAUCCUUUGUAGACGGAAUUUCUGUAGAUAGGAUUAUCGGUUUUGAUGAUCUAGGAAACACUGAUUCGUUUACAACAGCAGCACUUGAAUUUCGAUUAUCUCAAAGUGGUGUCAUAACAAAACAAGAAGCACCGAAAAAGCAAGAACGCAAAACUAUAUUUGGAUUCGCGGAUGUGAAUAACGAUGAUGACGAUGAUUGGGAUUAA